AAUAUUCAGCAAUUUGGCACUUUAUUUUUCAUACAAAUUUUAUCCUAUUUUCAUGUCUCAGAAGUUAUCGUAACUUAUUGUUACGAUAUUUUUGUCGCAUGACUUUCAAACACCUAUAAACGGGAAUGAAAUGAAAGUGCAAACUGCAAUGAAUACUAAGUUAACAUUAUUGAUAAGAAAUUGAUUUGAAAUAAAUUGAAUCGAUUUGAAAUUGAAUAUUGACUACAAACAGCUGAUAAUUUUGACAUUGGCUCCUUUUCUAUAAUACAUACCUAACAUAUAUUUUCAGUAAUGAGGGGCGGUGUAAGUGGUGAAAUGGCGUCUGGUUGUUUUAACACAUCAUUUGUACAAGUUAUGAAACCAUCGGAUAAGUCAAAGAUGGGAGCUGUUACAUUUUUUGGAAAACUUCAUCCCGGGGAUGUUUGCGGUCAAAACGGUUUGCCAUUAACGCCAAAUUCAAUCGCAAUAUUAGGGAGAGCGCAACAGUUGAUGGACAUAAAACAUGAAAAUCUUUGUCAGUAUUUGGACGUCAUUCGAAGUAAACAUGAACGAGUUGUAGUAGUAUCGGAAUACUAUGGGAUAAAUUUGAAAGAUAAACUGUCUUGUAUUAUAUUAGAAGAUUAUUCAGUAUUACGCAUUAUGUUUCAAAUUUGUAGAGGAUUACAUUUUUUGCAUACUAGCUAUGGAAUUCUUUGCCCACAUUUAGAACCUAAAAAUAUUUUAGUUGAUGAGCAUUUUAACGUAAAGCUAUUUAAUUAUGGUUUGUUUUAUAUGACCAACAAUGGAGAAUAUGUUACUUUUCCAUUCGGUAAUAUUCGUUAUACAUCUCCAGAACGACUGAUGGGCUCAGGAAAUAACUCUAAAAGUGAUAUAUGGACAAUUGGUGUCAUAACAAUGGAACUUUUACUAGGAUGUAAAUUGUGGAACAAUCUAAAUCCAGCGAGCGUUAUGCGAAGAAUACUUUCGUUUUGCAAUAACUCGAAAAAUAUUUUUGAAAAAAUAGCAAGAGAACAUAAUUGCUUUGAUAAAUUUUUAAACAUAAAUGUAGCUAUUCGCGACUUAUUAAACAGAUGUUUGUCGAUAUCUGUUAAGGAUAGGCCAACAGCUGAAGAAAUUUUGAAUUCAAACAUAUUUUGUAAUAUAGAUUUACUUCAAAACAAAAUCGACAUAAAUCCAAAUUUGCAGCAUUUAAGUGGUUCUUUGGAUAAAAUUUAUUACCUUUGGCAAUUAGCUGGUGGUGAUGUUCAAGUAGAACUUAAAAAAGAAGGACUGAUACGAAGUGAAGCUCCAAUUCUUUCAGUCCCUCGAGUCAUUUGUUUAGAUGGAACAAAUACUGGUCCCAAUCGCAGUCAAAAUCAUUUGUUUGAUAAUCGCAUUGUAAUGCUUAAAAUGAAUAACUUAAUUGAGAGGUUAAAAAAUGUUGCCGCAACCACUUAUUAUCCUUCAAUAUACUCGCAAAAACUUUUAUCACAGUCCAAAACUGCAAUGGCUGAAUAUCCGUUAGUUAUUAAGGAACGUGACACGGAGUAUCAGUUGUUUCGUGUUAUGCUUUUUUCAACUUUACUUAAAGGAUAUCCUUUUACAAGAGAGACUAUAAUAAAAGAAGCGGAAAUUGAUAUUCCACCUCUACUACGCGGUAAAAUUUGGGCAGCUUUAUUAGACGUUAUAUCAGACGGAUCUUAUGAAAAAAUUGACAAAGUGACGCCCACGUCUACUGAUAGACAAAUAGAAUUAGAUAUACCUCGAUGUCAUCAAUAUGAUGAACUACUAUCUUCUCCAGAAGGACACAGAAAACUUAAACGGCUUCUAAAAGCUUGGGUAACUUCACACCCACAAUAUGUUUAUUGGCAAGGUUUGGAUUCUUUAACUGCACCUUUUCUUUACUUAAAUUUUAACAACGAAGAGUUGGCUUUUCUAAGUCUUUACAAAUUUAUUCCAAAAUAUUUACACUGGUUUUUUCUAAAAGAUAACUCGGCUAUUAUAAAUGAAUAUUUAGGAAAAUUUUCGCAAUUAAUAGUAUUUCAUGAACCAGUUUUGGCGAAGCAUUUAAUUAGUUUCAAUUUUAUUCCGCAAUUGUUCGCAAUACCAUGGUUUUUAACCAUGUUUUCACAUGUUUUCCCACUACAUAAAAUAAUCCACUUAUGGGAUAAAUUAAUACUUGGUGAUAAUUCAUAUCCUCUGUUUAUUGGAAUUUCCGUUUUAAAACAGUUACGUACAACUUUGCUAAAUUCUGGUUUCAAUGAAUGUAUUUUGCUGUUUUCAGAUUUGCCUGACAUUGUAAUGGAAACAUGUGUUAUUGAAACACAAAAAAUGUAUAUUUUUACGCCUAAAAGUAUUUCAUGGCGAAAACACGUUAUUAAUCAAAACGAUCCAACUGAAUUUGAUAUUUCAAACAUAAGUUUAUCGGAACUCCAAAAUGAAAUUUGCCCAAGAAUAAGUGCAAAAGAUUUUAUAGACCUUAUAAUUAAUACUCCGGAUAAAGUUAUAGGAGUUGAUCUUCGUGGUAGACAAGACUAUAUGCGUUUAAAUGUCCCUGGAAGUAUAAAUAUACCUUUUAAUUCUGUUCUUUUAGGAGACCAUCGUCUACAAUCUCUAAAUGUCGAAAAUUUAGAACAAAUGAUGAAUGAUAAAAUAGUAGUUAUUAUAAGUAAAGUACAUGAAAAUGGUGUUCUAUUUUCUAAAUUUUUAGUUGACUGCGGAGUAAGAUACGUUUGCAUAUUGCACAAAGGAUUCGAUAUAUUGCAAUCAUCGGCUUUUAACAUUUUAAUUCAAAAUUAAUAAGUUUUUUGUAUUGUAAUGUAUGUAUGUAUGUAUAAAUCUACUCACAUUGAAAAUUCAUUACUCUAUUAUACGAAUUGUAAGUAAAUUAAGGCUAAAUAUUACAUCAAUAGUUUUCUCAUGUAUCAUUUAUUCAUUAUCAAUAAAGUUUA